AUGGCUUUUCUCCCCACUGAGAACACCAAGAGUACCUUGUUAGAUAAAGCAGCAUGUGUGCCCGCGGAAGUGCAGCUUCUCUUACAAGAUCCUAUGACACAUGCAGGUUUAAAAGAACCUAUGGUGAUGAAAGAGUAUAAAUUGACCGAUCAAUUGAGACAGAUUCCUAUGUCUGCCGGUCUGGGAGCGCCCCCUCCUGAGGAGCAUAUGUUAGAUUCGAUACGAGAUGGUCUCAUUAAAGAACUGAUUCGUUCUACAAAUACCAAAGGCCAACCUAUCACACCUCAGAUGAAGCAAGAACCAAAGGAGGAACCUGUCACACCAGCCAAACCAAGCACUUCUAAGAAACCCAAUUCUUGGAAAAGUUUAAAGGGUUUACCCUCGUCACCUAUCCUUACCGGAAAACACUUGUUACCUUCUACACCUCUACAACCUUCUACUUCA